CGCGCUUUUGGAAGGGGAUCGCUUCCUCCUGCCUGCGUGAGCUUUGCGGUCGCCACGGGCAACCAUAACUGCCCUAACCGCCGCCGCUCUGACUCUGGUUAAGACACAGCCACCGAUCAUGCGGAGCCGCGAAGAGGUGGACGCCACGCUACACAUCGCCAAGCUAGACCCUGCGGAGCUGCUGCCGCCGGCGCAGUGCCUCAGCUUCUGCUCCCCGGAGGACGCCGCCGACUGCUGUUUGCUCCAGCUGGAGCCCGAGCUUUGCGCCGAGCUGGAGGCGGGAGGAAGCCUUGUCAUCCGUGGAGAUAAAGAGGACCACGCCGUGCUAUGCAGCAAAGAUAGGACCUAUGAGAUGAAAAUCGCAGAUACCUCUAACAUGUUGCUUUUCAUACCUACCUGUGAAAUUCCAGACGAGCUCUGUGCAGACAAGCCUCCUUCUGUCAUUCACACACAGAUUGCAGGCUUCUCUAACAAUUUCUGGGAAGUAAGAAGAUGUCGACCCAAGCUAAAGAAACUCAAGAAACUCUUAAUGGAAAAUCCUUACGAAGGGCCAGAUGAGGAGAAAAGGAAAACGUUGACAAGCCCAAAGUACACAACAGAUGAUUUGCUAGAUCAGAUCCAAGCAAGUGAGGAAGAAAUAACGCAUCAGCUGGAGGUUCUAAAAGCAUGUCAGGUUGAAGGAUAUUGGAGGAUUCUAGACUUCGAUUACGAGAUGAAACUGCUGAAUCAUGUGACCCAGCUGAUAUAUACAGAGUCAUGGCCAUUCAGCAAGGUUCCUUUAAGUAUCUGUCUUCAAGAACUCGGACCUCUGGAGCCCAUGGAAAUGAUAGACCACAUUCUUAGGAGUUACGGAAGGCAAAGCAUCAACGAAGGUGAGACUUUCUUUGAAAUGAACGAAGAGAAGAUAUGCAGAGCUACGGCACAAAUGCUCUUGCAAAAUGCAGUCAAGUUCAGCCUCUCCGAAUUCCAAGAAGUGUGGCAGCAAAGUGUCCCCGACGGAAUUACAACGAGGCUAGACCAGUUAAAGGGUUUAGCUCUUGUGGAUCAAUCCUCCCGACCGGAGACUAUCUUCUUGCUAAAUGUUGAAGACUUGCCGGAGGAUAGCCAGGAAAGAUUUAACAGCUUAUUUACCCUUCGGGAGAAGUGGACUGAAGCUGAUAUAGCUCCCUAUAUACAGGACUUAUGUUCAGAGAAGCAAACAAUUGGUGCAUUGCUGACAAAAUAUGCUCGCUCUUCGAUGCAGAAUGGAGUUAAAGUUUAUAAUUCUAGAAGGCCCAUUACAUGAAGAAC